AUUGGCGUUCUUAAUCUGUGUUUUGGUGGUUAGGUAGUCGCCCUGUUCACAAAAAUUUCAAAACACAAAUAAAAAUUUUUGUUGCAAUACCAAAAACCAUGAAAUUUUUCGUACGCAGUUCCACGAAACGAUGUCCUCGAUUGGGCGUUCUAAGGUGUACAGAAGGCAAGUCCGAAGUUGAAAUAGAAACACCGGUAGUUCUGCUACAUACACAAGGGGGCCACAUACCUCACAUCACACACGAGGUGUUCAAACUGGUCAGCAAGGAGCCCCAAAUUCUACAGAUUCCCUUGGUCAGCAUGCACAGUUUCAAAGAUACAAUGACUUACUAUAAUGGCACCAUAUCCGAGUUCAUUGGCAGCAAAAACAGUCUUACGUGUCUUACACUCCAUGACCCAAGUAAUUUAACAAAGCAAGGGCAUCACACGCGAGAUAAAAUUCCUAUUUGGACUAAGCGAGGCAAAGUUUUGUAUGAUGCUGAUAUGUACAUGGAUGUAGUUGAAUCAUUUAAACCCAACAUGUAUUACCUGCUGUCUGAUGGCGAUACAAAUAAAACUAGUCCACAAAAGCGUAUUGCCAAAGCUGUAGAGCAGACUGUUGUCUUUAAUAAGCAGUGUUUGGAGAGACACAGAAAGUCAGAAGUUCUGAAGAAAAUGUUUGUUAUGGCCCCUAUUGCAGGAGGGUACUGUUUGAAAUCUAGAGAGCAUUGUAUUGACAGGGCAUUGUUCAUAGAUGCAAACGAAAUCGACGGUUUCCUGAUCGACGGCCUUCACAACAACGGUCCCGAGGUAGAAUUCCUCCCUUUCGAAGAAAUCAAAAGCAUCCUAGAAUUCAGUGUCGACAAACUUCCACCAGAGAAACUCUGCUCGGUCCAAGGUUGCUGGAGCCCGUUGAACGUCAUCAAGUUAGUCCAAUGUGGCAUUGACAUGUUUGACACUUCGUACUGUCACAUUUUGACGGAAAGAUCCGCUGCAAUGACGUUUCAGAUUGACACAAGUGACGAAAACAACGAUUAUGAGAUAAAUUUACGUCAUCACUCGUUAGCUGAGGAUUUUACCCCUAUCAUAGAUGGCUGUGAAUGUUUGGCCUGCAAAAAAUAUACUAGAGCUUAUAUCCACCACCUGCUGACCGUGCAAGAAUUGUUGGCUCCGGUUUUGAUUAUGAUUCACAAUAUUCAUCACUAUUUGAGGUUUUUUAGGAAAAUUAGACAGUGUAUUGCAAAUGAUACUUUGGAUGAAUUUGAGAAUUUUAUUGCCGGGCGGUAUGAAAAUUAUCAGAGAAAAACUACCAGUUCUGUGGAGGACAAAAUUAUAUCUGAAAAUAUAGGAGACAAUAUAUAAAAUGUUUGCGAAUAAAGUGUUUUAUUUAUAAUGAUUUAUAGCAAAAAUCCAC